AUGCGUAUCGUCCGCGCCCUCGCCACAUUCGCCGCGCAACCGCGAGGCACGCGUCGCCUGCUCUCGGUCCGGUUUGCGUCCGAUUUCGUGAGCCGGAGCGCGCGCCCCGGAGCCGUCGCGGAUGCCGAGGUCCUCGCUGAUCUCAAGAACCCGGUCAUUCUCGACGUCCGAGAUCCCGCGGAGGUCGAGGCCGGCAAGGGCGGCCCGCCCGCGAAGAUCGAGGGUGCCGUCAACGUACCGCUCAACAUGGACGGCGUCAAGCAGAGCGAGCGCCCGACAACGCAGGAAGAGUUCCUCAAGAAGAUCAAUGAAGUCGUCGUGGCGCUGCCCAAGGACCGCCCGAUCAUCACGCAUUGCGGCUCGGGCGGCCGCGGCGGCAAGGCGGCCGAGCACCUCUGCGACGCGGGCUUCGAAGCCUACAACGGCGGCGGUCCCGCGCACAUCGCGGCGGCGCGCGUGUACGAGAUGACUGAGUCGGGGGAACUUCCUCCGUACACGCCGCCGAUGCCGUAAGACGACGACGACGCGACUGCGCGGCGGCUUGUGGCUAUUCGGUCUAGCUCUAAGAAGUCAUAA